AUGGAAGAGGAGGAGUGGGCGGGUGAAGGAUAUCGUAGUUUCUCUAGGCCUCUUCUACAUCCGAUCUUCCCCAUCCGUUCCACCCAUGAGGGUUCGCCCGACAGAGACUCGAUUCGCACUCUCCUCAGCGUGAACGCGAAAGCGGGUGUCGACGUCUGCGGAAACCUGGAUUCAGACGGGCGAUACCAGAGGGCCUCCACGGGAGAGAAGCCCAAGAUCGGGCUGGAUCACCUCGACAACUUGUGCAAACUCAUGGAACAACUCACGGAUCUCAGGGAACAGAACUCGGUCCUUCAAAAGAGGGUUCAGUACCUGGAAGACCUGAAAAACCUGCAAGAGAUGCAUCGAGAACUGGAGUCGGAUCUCUCGACGGGGUGUCGGGAUUCCUCGGGGCUUGGGAAGACGACCGACCGUAGAAAACACCCACUUCUUCGUCGCGGUUCGGCGGAGAGUCUGUUAAAGGAAAAGCUCGGCACGGUCCGGUCCGGCAAGGCAACGAUCAGGCGGAGACGGACCCUUCUCAAGAGUCGUGGUCGAAGCAAAAGCAUGGGAUCCGAAGAGAUGGAGCCGAUGACAGAAAAGGCAGCCGACGUGCGAGAAGCCGAGGGGAAACUCCUUCGACAAUCCAAGUGGACCAAGGUGAAAGAAGCCUUCAAGUGGGAAAGAGUGGGAGUGGGAGAUUCCUCGCCCGUAUCGCAUACCGUUGACGUGGACGACAGGGAGUCUGUUCCUCGGCGAGAUUCGUCCCAGGGAUCUCGAUCUAGUUCUUCCGAGGAUUUCCCUGGCCUCGAUUGGAACUGCGAAAACUUCGAUUCGGUGAGGAUCGGGACGUUCCGGAAGAUAUCUUUGGAAAGCAGCGAGAGUGCGGAAGAUCCCGGAGGAAUUCGACGGUCGUCUUUACCCUCGCCUCCGCCGGCCAUGGAAGUUGCCGAUCCGAAGUCAGAGAGGGAUAAAGGGAAGUUCCUCCAUGCCCAACGGAAGACAUCCCCGCGGGACGAUCGGGGCAAGCACAAGCACACCCCAUGGGGGAAGGUGAAGCACAUCAUUCGGCACGGGAAGGACACUUGCAGGAAGAAAAGCGGGAGGAACGAAAACUGUGGGGCAGAUUUCCAGGGUGGAAUCAGUCUGGAGAUAUCGUUGGCGAGCGACGUCGAGGACGAGAUCCUCGAGGAUUGCGAGGGGAUGAGGAAUACUUCUCCGCGUCUCGGUAAGAAGCCGAAACCGAAACUCACGGUUUCGAUUCCCGGGAACGAAGCUCCAAAGGCGGGGAUCCGAAUGAUCCAUUCCACUUCGGCCGGAAUGCUUUUGGACCUUCGAGAAGACCUCCACGACAAGCAUUCCGAGAGGAAGAUCUCGGAACCCGAUUACCUGAAGCUCGAAAACUCCGGAAACGAAAAGCCUCAUGCGCCGGCGGGCGGUCAGAGUUCACCAGGAACCAUCCGACAGUCCAAAUGGGUGAAAGUGAAGAAGGCGUUCCUUGGGGGUGGAGGACAUCGUCUUCCACCGAGUCCCACCGCAUCGGCCGGAGGAAGAACGACCGGGCCGGCAAGUCCCACGAUUUCCGCUCCCAUCGCAUUCCAAUACGAACCUCUUCACGGCAAAGCACACUCCAGAGAACCC